CACGAGGUUCCACUUUUUUUUUCCUGGCAAACGACAGCGUGAAUAAUAGCUUUUCCCUUCUCCUCUCCCUUCUCCUCCAAUAGGUUUCGACGCCAUGAUUAGCGCAUUCUUCAUCUACAACCAAAAGGGAGAAGUUCUCAUCUCGCGCCUUUAUCGUCAUGACCUAAAGUAAGCUGAUACAAAGACAACCAGGGGCAGCUCAUUCGUAAUGAAGGAACAUCAUUCCAUAACAGGCUGUUUACCUAUUAAAAAGGCUCAUUGCCCUCAUACACAUAUGUUGAUAUAUGGGAUUGUAUGCACACUAACAACGCUUACACACUCAUACUCUUUUCCUCUUUUAAAAGACGGUCGGUGGCGGACAUAUUCCGUAUUCAGGUCAUUUCCAACACGGACGUACGUUCACCCAUCAUCACGCUCGGUUCAACUUCGUUUUUCCACGUUCGUCACGAGAAUCUUUAUAUCGUUGCCGUAACCCGUUGGAAUGCCAAUGCCGCCCUCGUCUUUGAAUUCUGCUACCGCAUGGUUAAUAUCGGCAGAAGCUAUUUUGGAAAAUUUGAUGAAGAAGCCGUGAAGAACAACUUUGUGCUUAUUUACGAGUUGUUGGAUGAGAUUCUGGACUUUGGAUAUCCACAAAACAGCGAAACGGAUACGUUGAAAAUGUACAUCACAACGGAAGGAGUGAAAUCCGAACGAGCAGUGGAGGAUUCAAGCAGAAUUACGAUUCAGGCAACGGGCGCUAUUUCUUGGAGACGGAGCGAUAUCAAGUAUCGAAAGAACGAAGCAUUCAUUGAUGUCAUUGAAAGUGUGAACUUAUUGAUGAGCAACACUGGCACUAUCUUGCGUUCGGAUGUUGCGGGACAAAUUUUAAUGCGAGCUUAUUUGUCGGGUACUCCCGAGUGUAAAUUUGGACUGAACGACAAGUUGCUUCUGGAUAAGGAUGUUGUGAAUAAUCGACCAAAUGCACGACGAGCGAACGCUGUGGAGAUUGAUGAUUGCCAAUUCCAUCAGUGCGUCAAGCUCGGUCGCUUUGACAAUGACAGAACAAUCAGCUUUAUCCCACCCGAUGGUGAGUUUGAGCUUAUGAGAUAUCGAACCACAGAAAACGUCAAUUUGCCAUUCAAGGUGCAUCCUGUUGUCAACGAGAUUGGUAAAACACGCGUCGAAUACAAAAUCAACGUCAAAGCCAACUUUUCGCCAAAACUGUACGCAAAUAAUGUCAUUCUGAGGAUUCCGACACCACUCAACUCUGCCAAGGUCGAAGUCAAAGUCGGCUCAGGCGGCAAAGCCAAGUAUGCACCGUCAGAAAACUGUAUCAUAUGGAAGAUCCCCCGUUUCCAAGGCCAGGCAGAGUUCACAUUGAGUGGUGAAGCAGAAUUGACAGCCAUGACACACAAACGUGUUUGGUCACGACCGCCCAUCUCAAUGGAUUUCCAGGUGCUCAUGUUUACUUCUUCGGGUCUUCUUGUAAGGUUCCUGAAGGUGUUUGAGAAGAGCGGAUAUCAGUCUGUCAAGUGGGUGAGAUACAUGACCAAGGCUGGAUCCUAUCAAAUUCGGUUUUAAACGCACUCUUGAAUCACUUUUUAUCCCAACAAACGUCUCCCUUUUCCUCCAACAUUCCGUACAACAAACUCUUGUAAUACCCUUAAUAAUCACAUCACUCGCACACAACCGUCACUUGUUUACACUCAUAGAAAACUCAAAAAUCACAUAAAUUAGCGAUCAAACGUGGACAUCGAAAAAAAAAGAUGAAUUGGUACCUCGCUAUAGCUAGCUAC